AUGGAUACAAGCAACGCUGUCAUUCCUUCGGCCGUUGAUCACUGUCGUAUGCUGAUACUGAUUCGUCAAUUCGGAUACCGUUCACCGACAACCUUCAAUCGAAUUCUAGAACGACUUCAGCGCAUUCAGUCCCUUCAAGUCUCCGAUAAUCCCAAAAGAGUGAUCGUCGCAAAUUUUACAUCAUCAGUCAAUGCUUCUCUUCUCAAAUUCGGUGAACUUCAGGCGCAUCGUCGUGUGAUUGGUUUAAUAGGUAUAAUUCAUUGCAAUAAAGCGCCGAAUGAAUGUGAACAAGCGUCGACAUCAGCCUUAAAUGGUGACGUUGAUGAGACGUCAUCAUCAGACGCUAGUACCGAUACUCAUGCAACUCGACGUGCAUCUUCGUCUCGAAGGCAGUCAUGUCUGUCUUCGCUGAGCUUGCCCCAGAUCAAGCAACUUUAUGACUCCAGCAAGGAGGAGUAUUCGUCAACUUUAGUGGACAGUCGAUGUAUCACGAUUGGAUACGCCAAUGAUGUGCUUUCGGAUACGUGGUCGUCUCGUGAACUUUUGUCGUUCAAUAGUCUGGAGGAAUCAGAUUCCUUAGAGAAUGGCAUUCGUGAAUUUAUGCGUUCAAUUUUCUUUGUUAUUGAAAGUCGACGGUUGGAUUUAUCGUUCGAAAAAGUUGAGAAUCCACCGUGUCCAGCAUUGCCAGAUGAGCAGAAAUAUCGAAUGGGACUCGAGAAUAAAACCAGUAAACAGUACAAACGUAAAUGCGUUGGUCGUCUGCGUAAGCAAGUCGCCGACUACACACUGAUGACUGGCUUACCCACACUGGCACUUGAUGCGUAUCAGGCAUCCAUCGAUCUGCUGAAACAGUGCAAUGAUCUUCUUUGGUUAGCUGCGGCAUACGAGGGCUGGGCAUGUUCAGCGAUGAUAAUCAAAUACGAUUUGACUGGUGAAGUGAUACCGACGAGCAGUAUGCAACGUGUCUCUUCGAUGACCACCGAUCAGAUGCGUAGCUUACACGAUUUGAGUCAGCAGCACUCACUUGGGCUCAGGUUCUCACCGGGACUGAGGUUUAUCUUUUAA